GGGAGACCCUCCCGGCCUCCUGGGAGCGGGCUGGGGCUCCCUCGCGUGCGCUGCUCGGCCCGACCUGCACGGGCACAUUCCCCGCGGGUCAGGCGGCCGGCGGCCCCGUCCGCUGCGCCGGUAGGCCGGGGGCGGCGGGGCCAGGCGAGCGGGGCGAGUGGCAGACGCCGCGGCCACUGCCAGGAAUCUCGGACCAAGAAUCUUUUUCUGCCUCCCUUCCACACCCCUUGCUGAAUGGGCUGAGUCUAGGUUCCCCCCACCUCGUGGGUAAGUCGGGGGAGGCCUCAGGCCAGGGCAGCCUCCUAUCUUCUCCCAGAUCCCACAGUGUCCGGUGCACCCAGGAUGGCAGCCAAACUCCGGUUUCCAGGACCGCAGGAGGAGAUGCCGCUGACCUUCCAAGAUGUGGCCGUGUAUUUCUCUCAGGCGGAGGGACAGCAGCUUGGUCCCCAGCAGCGGGCGCUGUACAGGGAUGUGAUGCUGGAGAACUACGGGAACGUGGCCUCGCUGGGAUUCCCUAUCCCUAAGCCGGAGCUGAUCUCCCAGCUGGAGCAAGGACAGGAGCUGUGGGUUCUGGAUCUUCUGGGAACUGAGGAUCCAGAGGUCUUGAGAAGCUGCCGUACAGAGUCUGAGAGUGAGACUGAGAAGGAAGUAUCCAUUAUAAACCAGAAAUGUUCUGAAGAAGUGAAAACCUCAGAAUUUAUGUCAAGAAGCUUCUUAAGGGGUACUCCACAGGCACCUGCGUUUCAGGAAGCUUGGGGCCAGGAGGACAAACUAGAAGGGCACCCAGGAAAAUCUGUUGGGCAGAGUUUGAAGAAACCCAGUCUUCACAAGAGAGUUUUCAGAGAAGCUGUCAUGUGUAGAGAAAGAUCUCCAGGAGAAAGAACCCAAGAGUGUGGUGCAUUUGAUAAAAAUUUGAGUCUGAACCAAAAUGUUGUUAGACUUCAGAGAAAUAAGACAGGAGAGAGAGUCUUUAAAUGUGACAUAUGCAGCAAAAGCUUCAAAUAUAAUUCAGACCUAAGUCGACAUCAGAGAAGUCACACUGGGGAAAAGCCUUAUGCAUGUCAUCAGUGUGGGCGAGCCUUUCGUCACAGCUCAAGCCUCAUGUUGCACCAUCGAGUUCACACUGGAAAUAAGCCAUUUAAAUGUGAUGAAUGUGGGAAAACUUUUGGGCUCAAUACCCACCUCCUUCUCCAUCGGAGAAUCCACACUGGCGAAAAGCCCUUUGGGUGCAGCGUAUGUGGGAAGGCCUUCAGUCGAAGCUCUACUCUUAUUCAACAUCGUGUAAUUCACACAGGGGAGAAACCUUACAAAUGUAACGAAUGCGGGAGAGCCUUCAGCCAGAGCCCGCAGUUAACUCAGCACCAGCGGAUCCACACUGGAGAGAGGCCGCACGGGUGCGGUCAGUGCGGGAAGGCCUUCAGCCGGAGCUCGAGCCUCAUCCAGCACCAGCGGAUCCACACUGGAGAGAAGCCCCACCAGUGCAAGCAGUGCGGGAAGGCCUUCAGCCAGAGCUCGAGCCUGUUUCUCCACCACAGAGUCCACACUGGAGAGAAGCCCUAUGUGUGCGGUGAAUGUGGCAGAGCUUUUGGGUUUAACUCUCACCUCACUGAACACGUGAGGAUCCACACUGGAGAGAAGCCCUACAUGUGUAAGGAGUGCGGCAGAGCCUUCAGUCGGAGCUCCACUCUCGUUCAGCACCGAAGAGUUCACACCGGGGAGAAGCCCUAUCAGUGCAGGGAAUGUGGGAAAGCCUUCAGCCAGAGCUCGCAGCUCACCCUCCACCAGCGCGUGCACACUGGAGAGAAGCCCUACGAGUGUGGCGACUGUGGGAAGGCCUUCAGCAGGAGGUCGACUCUCACUCAGCACCAGAGAAUUCACACGGGAGAGCGUCGCGAAUGCAGGAAACGUCCAGCCUUUGUUCAUGGCUCCAGCCUUACACCGCACAGACAGAUUCCCACUGGAGCCUUCAGCCGUGGUGCAAACCUUGUUGUGCAUUGGACAAUUCACACUGGUGAGAAAUCCUUUGGAUGUAAUGAAUGUGGGAAAACUUUCAGUCCCACCUCACAACCCACUGAAGAGCAGAAAGUCCAUGCUGGGGAGAAACCCUAUAAACGUCAAGGAUGUGGAAAAGCCUUCAGCGGGGGUUCAACACUCAUUCAACGUCAAGUAAUUCAUACUAGUAAGAACCCGUAUCGUGGCUGCGUGUGUGACAGCGACUUCAGCUGGAGCACACGGCUCACGCCGCAGCAGCGAGCUCCUGUUGGGGAGAAGCCCCCUUUACGUGAUGGAUCUGAAAGAUACUUUAUCCAUAUCAAAAAGAUUUUCCAAGAAAGACAUUUUUAAUGUGAUAAUUGUGGGAAACAAUUUAGCGGUUCUUUUUUUUGGAUGUUGGAUAAGAUGGCAUAAUGAAAGUUAAAUCAGAAGGUCUAAGUAUUACUGGCAAAGCAAAAUAAACAGUUCAGGCAACUAUUAAAGUCAUUAAAUUUGAAAGCAAACAUGAGAGAAUUCACUGUGAAAAAUAGGGUUGUCUCGGUCGAGGUUGCUCUUGUGCUCAGGCGGGGAACUGGGUGGCACCAUACUCAGGUGCUCACGGUGAAUGACCUGAGAGCCGAGAAGUGAGCCCAUCUAGUUCUGGGUCUCCCCUAUGUGAGCAUUUCUAGUCUUAUCUCAUCUUUGCUAUCUAAGCUCAGGCUUGUAGCUGAGAAUAUCUAGUUCUAGUCCUACACUCCUGCCUCCGGGUGUGGUGCAGAGAGCCUUGGCCCAUCUCCCCCACCGUCCCACAGAACAGCUGCAGGCGGGAGCCCCUUCCUCACUUGGAGCCCAGUUUUUGCAUUUGUAAAAUGAAAGUUGGUUGUUUGCUUUUAAUUCUAAGGAGCGCUACAGUUCAGCCGAGAAGGGGACCUCGGGGUCCAGUAAAGCAGGGGACUGCCAAGUAGCUCCAUGUUUGAAAAUUGUAAUUACUGAUAAGAUUUUUUUAAGUCAAGUUUAUUGAGGUAUAAUUUAUAUAUGAGAAUUCACUUUUUUCAUUGUGUAGUUCUCUGGGUUUUAACAGAAACAUACAGUUGUGUGGCCACCACUGUAAACAAGGUGUGGGACUUUCCAUGGCCACCCGAAAGCCCUUUGUGCCCUUGUGGUCAGCCCCUCCUCAGCCCCAGCCCUGGGAGCCACGGUCUGUCUUCUGUCCCCGCAGCUUCCCACUGUUAGAGCCACACUGCGUGCAGCCUUUCCAGCCUGGCUGCUGCUGCUGCUUUUUUUUUUCAGUAGGAAGAAAAGGCAUAACAAGUAUUAUUAUUUAACGUGCUGGGAGAAGGCAAGGCACGAGGGAGUCACCAGAGUCUGUCCCCUUCUCUGAGCACAGUGCGUUGGAAGUUCAUCCGUGCUGUCGUGUGUCAGCAGUCUCAUCGCUGAGCAGUGUCCCGUCGUGUGCAUGUCGCAGCUUAUCCAUUCGCUCACGGAGGGGCAUUUGGGUGUUUCCAGUUUAUGGCGACUGUGAAUAAAGCUGCUAUGAACAUUUCACUA